CUCUCGAGGGCCAACAUCCUCCAACAUCGCGCGAACGUGGCAUGUGAAGCCUGGCAAGGCAGGCUCCGGCGAGCCCAACCUUGUGAUUACCCCGCAUCGAGAUCGAGAUCGCCUCCUCCGUGUUCCCGUGCAUCGGGCCCUUCCCCGCCUUCCCUCGUCCCCUCGUCUCGACGCGUCGCUCAACUGAGAGAGGAUCCGUAACCACGAUGGGUGCCCUCCAACCACCCGAGCAUUCCGACGAGAUCAAGGUCUCCUUCCCACAGGAUCAUGUCAUGCUACUGACUCUCAACCGCCCGAAAGCACUCAAUGCUGUCUCGCCCACCAUGAAGGAAGCUAUCGAGAGGGUCCUGGACUGGUUUGAUAACGAGACUAGCCUGUGGGUGGUCAUCAUCAACGGCGAAGGGCGGAUUUUCUGUGCAGGAGCCGACCUCAUCGCGUGGAACAAGCGUCAGGGCAGCCAAGAUGCAGACGACGGCACCGAAGUCAUCGCCGACAAACACGGUUUCGCAGGUAUCUCUCGCCGGUCGACCUCCGGAAAGCCCAUCAUCGCAGCCGUCCAUGGUGGUGCCUACGGCGGCGGCACAGAGCUUGUGUUGAACUGCGACCUGGUCGUCGCGAGUGACGACGCUGUCUUCGCCCUUCCGGAGGUCAAGCGCGGUGUGGUAGCAAUUGCAGGCGGCAUGCCUCGGUUGGCCAGGAUCGCCGGUCAUCAGCUUGCAAGUGAGAUGCUGUUGCUUGGAAAACCCAUCAAGGCAUCUGAGGCUGCGGGUCGUUUCGGAUUCGUCAACAAGGUCGUGCCCAAGUCCGAGCUGCUCCCGUCUGCGCUGGCUUGGGCAGCGGAGAUUGUGACGAACUCGCCUGACUCGGUGCAGAGCACGAAGCGUGCAUUGUUGCUCACGAACCAGCAUGCGCAUGUCGAAGACGUAGUCACUGCUCAUGUGCGAUCGAAGGAGAGCAAGCGGCACUUUGCGGGUGAUAAUAUCAAGGAGGGACUCAGGGCCUUUUCCGAGAGGAGGAAGCCUGCCUGGACCAGUCCAGCCAAGCUAUGACGCUCCGAGGUUGGUUGUACCGUAACAAGGGAUCUACGAAGUUUGCGUGUUAUCUUGCAUGUAUUUUGAGUACUACCGCCAUCGUCCUGACAGCGGUGUGCACGCUGUCUUUCAUAUCCAGUUCACCGCCGACGUGUAUGUGAAACAGA